CAGACUGCAGACAGUCUCCACAACACUAAGAUAUGGGCUUACUGUGAAUGAACUGAAGCUUCUCUCUUAAAACAAAGACCAAAAAGACUUAAACAAAAAGAAAGAAUUAGACUCAGAAAAACAAAGAUGAGCUGUGACUUGCCAAGGACGAUGGAAAACUGAGCAGGUACAUCACUUCUUGCUGUUUUUAGUGGGGGAAAAGUGGAGCAAAGACAAGCCUGAGGAUACUACAGACUAUGUUGCUAUGGAAACCAAAACCUGGAAGCGGACGCAAGGACCACUGAAUGUGGACAAUCUCCACUGAAUGCUUCCUCAACACAUUACUAUCCAGCUGCACACUGUGGUGAGAGAAUGCUGUGGAGAAUAACUAUCCCCAUCAUACUAGCUGGGAUCCUCUGCAUCACUGCAGAGAGCAAAAAACCCCGUCCCCAGGGUUCCAUCCCUUCCCCAUACAAGACCAAAGGCAACCUAUCGGCAGAGCGUCACCACCGGCUAUUACAGCAGAAGCCAGAGGUGCUCUCUUCUAGCCGAGAGGCCUUGGUUGUGACAGAGCGCCGUUACCUCCGCAGAGACUGGUGCAAGACCCAACCCCUUCGUCAAACAAUCAGUGAAGAGGGCUGUCGCAGCCGCACUGUGGUCAACCGCUUUUGCUACGGCCAGUGUAACUCCUUUUACAUCCCACGCCAUAUGGGCCCAACCUCCAGUCAGGGACAGAAUAGAGGCCAGUCUUCAGGCUCUGGAAGAAAGAGUCACAACAAAGCCCAGGAGCCUUUUCAGUCCUGCUCCUUCUGCAGGCCACAUCGCAUCACACAGCUCACAGUGCAGCUAGACUGUCCAGACCUGCAGCCCCCCUUCAGACACCGUAAGGUACAAAGGGUCAAACAGUGUCGCUGUAUGUCUGUGGACAUGAGUGGCCAUAGGAAACUGUGAAGGAAAACUUAAAAGGCCUUUUGAAUUUCAAAUGACACAUAUGUGCUGUCUGAAGUCUUUGCCAAACAUGGGCUGGUUUAAGUAGAACUACUCUACAUCAUGUUCAACAAAUAAUGGCAAGUCCUACUAUGAAAUGACAUGGAACUGGUGUGAGACAAAGGCUAAACAUUGAUUUAAUUAGAGACUUGCAACCAUGCUGUCAUGUCAGUACAGCUAAAAGAAUUAUUCUUGUGACUGUGCAAGAGACACUGAUGAUAAACGUUUAAUGAGCAACUCUGCCCCUCCCAUAAGGGAGAUACAAAACAUGGACACUGAGGAGGAUUUUGCUCACAAUACUGUCUUAAAAGAUAUAUUUUAGAAAAGUUUUUGUUGGUAUUUUGAGGCAUUUUCUUGCAAGUGGGUCAAAGCUAAAACAGUUUGGCCAUUUUUACCCAGUUUUACAGCUAUUACAUUAUCUUUACCAUGAAGUCGGGGAUGUCUUUGAGGCUAAAGAAAAAAUUUCACAAAGCAUGAUGCAGCAUGAUGAUGCAGAGGGAAGUUUGGGUUUCCCUGCUUAGGCAGCUGCCCCCACGACCUGACUCCGGAUAAGCGGCAGAAAAUGGAUGGAUGGAUGGAUGGAUGCAGCGCAACAGAGACUAGUUGCAUCCACCUGCUUGUAAACUGUACGUUUCCCAUAUACUAGCCAGUAGGAAAGUACUGUAUAAUGUGUAAUGGUGGCGAAACAAUAUAUACAGUAUAUAUAUAUUUUAUGUAUGUGUUUAAAAUAUAUUAAAUCUAUUUCAUAUAAAACUAAAUGUGUUUUGUUUAAUCACAGCUUGACAAAUGAGUUUGUUAAAAGUGGUUGCUUUUAUUCAAUAAAUAUAUUUUUCACAGUCAAAAGGUGUUUAAUCAGAACACUGAUGGUAUUGCACAUGAAAAUCACAUCACAUGGUCCUUUUGCUUUAUUAUUGAGUUUAAACACUCACACCAGGAAAGGCAACACUAUCUGCAUAGGUUUUAGCUUAAAAUAAAGCACUUCGACAAUACGUUUGGAUAAAAUAGUAGGAACGUUUUAGCUCGGCAUGACCUUUUUUUGAAUAAGAAAAUAAAAUACAAUAGAGAUGCUAUUUGUAAAAAAUGUUCUGAUGGUUUUCAGCCUGUGUGAAGCUGAUUUCUCAGUUAAAUACAGAUUAAGUCUUCGAAAUCAAAAUCAAGCCCUCUUUCUCCACCUGCAUUUGCCUCCUCUGUGCAAUAAGAAGGCACUUUUUUUCUGGAAGGGGAUUCAGACUUACCCCGAUGAAAAUUGUAAAAUUGUGUGAUUGUCCUUAAUAAGGCAGAUGUAAGA